CGCAGUGCGAGCGCAGCGCGCUGGCCGCAGGAGCACGGAUGCCCCCCGGAGCCGCGGGCUGGCAGGUCUCGGGUCCUGAGGCUGCCGGUGGACUAUGGGGACAACGGCCAGCACAGCCCAGCAGACGGUGUCGGCGGCCGCUCCCUUCCAGGGCCUCCAGGGCAGUGGCACGAUGGAUGGCCGGCAUUCCCUCAGCGUCCACUCCUUCCAGACAAGCGUGCACAACAGCAAGGCCAAGUCCAUCAUCCCCAACAAGGUGGCUCCCGUCGUGAUCACGUACAACUGCAAGGAGGAGUUCCAGAUCCACGAUGACCUGCUCAAGGCUCACUACACCCUGGGCCGGCUCUCGGAUGUCACCCCCGAGCACUACCUGGUGCAGGGCCGCUACUUCCUGGUGCGGGACGUCACUGAGCAGAUGGACGUGCUGGGCACCUCGGGGAGCUGCGGGGCCCCCAACUUUCGACAGGCGCGGGGCGGACUCCCCGUGUUCGGCAUGGGACAGCCCAGCCUCUUGGGGUUCAGGCGGGUGCUCCGGAAACUUCAGGAGGAGGGGCACAAGGAGUGCAUCUUCUUCUGCGUGCGGGAGGAGCCAGUGCUGUUCCUGCGGGCCGAGGACGACUUCGUGCCCUACACGCCGCGGGACAAGCAGAGCCUGCGCCAGAACCUCCAGGGCCUCGGCCCCGGGGUCUCCGCAGAGAGCUUGGAGCUGGCCAUCCGCAAAGAGAUCCACGACUUCGCCCAGCUGAGCGAGAACACGUACCACGUGUACCACAACACUGAGGACCUGCGGGGCGAGCCCCACACGGUGGCCAUCAGGGCGGAGGACGACAUGCACGUGACGGAGGAGGUGUACAAGCGGCCCCUCUUCCUGCAGCCGGGCUACAGGUACCACCGCCUGCCCCUGCCGGAGCACGGGGCCCCUCUGGAAGCCCAGUUGGAUGCCUUCGUCAGUGUCCUCCGGGAGACCCCCAGCCUAUUGCGGCUCCGCGAUCCCCAUGGGCCACCCCCUGCCCUCCUCUUCAGCUGCCAGACAGGAGUGGGCAGGACCAGCCUGGGCAUGGCCCUGGGGGCCCUCAUCCUCUUUCACCGCAGUGGGGCCACCUCACAGCCAGAGGCCGCCCGGCAGCUGCCCAUGGAGCAGUUCCAGGUGAUCCAGAGCUUCCUCCGCCUGGUGCCGCAGGGAAGGAAGCUGGUGGAGGAGGUGGACCGAGCCAUCACCGCCUGUGCAGAGUUGCAUGACCUGAAGGAAGUGGUCUUGGAAAACCAGAGGAAGCUGCAAGGCGUGGGGCCCCAGAGCCCAGGCCAGGAACAGGCCAGCAGGCGCAGUGUCCAGCAGAAGGCGCUGUGGAGCCUGGAGCGCUACUUCUACCUGAUCCUGUUUAACUAUUACCUGCAGGAGCAGUACCCGCUGGCCCUUGCCCUCAGUUUCAGCCGCUGGCUGUGUGCCCACCCCGAGCUGUACCGUCUGCCUGUGACGCUGAGCCUGGCGGGGCCUGUGGUGCCCGGGGACCUCCUUGCCCAGGGCUCCCUGGGGGCAGAUGAUCUCGUGUCCCCGGACGCGCUCAGCACUGUCAGAGAGAUGGACGUGGCCAACUUCCGACGGGUGCCCCGUCUGCCCAUCUACGGCAUGGCCCAGCCCAGCGCCAAGGCCCUGGGGAGUAUCCUGGCCUACCUGACGGACGCCAAGCGGAAGCUGCGGCAGGUGGUCUGGGUGAACCUGCGAGAGGAGGCCGUGCUGGAGUGUGACGGGCGCACCCACAGCCUGCGGCCGCCCGGGCCACCCCUGGACCCUGCCCAGCUGGAGGCGCUGGAGGCCCAGCUAAAGGCCCAUCUGAGCCCACCUGCGGCCGACACCAAGGGCCCACCGACCCCCAGGUUCCAGACGUGCCUGACCACGCAGGAGGUCUUCAGCCAGCACCGCAGGGCCUGCCCUGGCCUCACCUACCACCGCAUCCCCGUGCCCGACUUCUGUGCCCCCCGCGAGCAGGACUUCGACAGGCUGCUGCAGGCCCUGCAGGCCCCCCUUGCCAAGGACCCGGGCAGUGGCUUCGUGUUCAGUUGCCUCAGUGGCCAAGGCCGGACCACGACGGCGAUGGUGGUGGCCGUGCUGGCCUUCUGGCACAUCCAAGGCUUCCCCGAGGUGUGUGAAGAGGAGCUUGUGAGUGUGCCCGAUGCCAAGUUCACCAAAGGCGAGUUUCAGGUGGUGAUGCAGGUGGUGCAGCUGCUGCCCAACGGGCACCACGUGAAGAAGGAGGUGGAUGCGGCCCUGGACACGGUCAGUGAGACCAUGACGCCCAUGCACUACCACCUGCGGGAGAUCAUCAUUUGCACCUACCGCCAGGCGAAGGCAGCCAGAGGGGAGCAGGAUGUGUGGCGGCUGCAGCUGCGGAGCCUGCAGUACCUGGAGCGCUACGUGUACCUGAUUCUCUUCAACGCCUACCUCCACCUGGAGAGGGCCGACUCCUGGCAGAGGCCCUUCAGCACCUGGAUGCGGGAGGUGGCGGCGAAGGCAGGAGUCUAUGAGCUUCUCAAUCAGCUGGGCUUCCCUGAGCUGGAGGGCACUGAGGACCGGCCCUGCUCCAGGCUGCCCUGUUCCAGGCUGCGCCACCGGUGGCAACAGUGGCCUGACAGCCCCGAGCCCUCUGCGGCUGGGGACUUCCUGUAGGGGACUUCCUCCCGGCUCCCCCUGAGGGCCCCUUGCAUCCUGGAGGUGCCACUGUGAACCGAUUCCCAGCUUCCUGGAGAGGCUGGGGUGGGGUUGGCAGCCUUUUUUUAGAAAGAGCUUUUCCUGGGGCACUUAGCACAGCGUGUGGUUGACCCCCAGGCUCCCCCCACCCCCGGCCACCCUGGCCUCCAAGGAGCUCCCUCCCAAACUGCCAAACAGCUGAGCACCAUCGCCUCCUGUCGUCGUCUGAGCCCCAGGCCAGCACUGUCCCCUCCGCUGCUGACUCCGCUGUCCUGCCCAAGCCUCUUCCCUGACGUGUGCUGGGUGGACUGUGACCUUAACGGCAGCUUCUUCCCCAUGUCUGGCCUCCGUGCGCCCCUCCAGCCUCGGAGAUUGCAAAGACAGCCUGCGUGGCCAUGGAGCUGGCAGAGGCCAAGAGGCCAGAGGCCCACAGAAGCCCUCUGGGGGACCAGGUGCAGCGCAGAGCCUGGGAGCCGGCCAGGAGGCACUGAGGAAGCCGCGGCCUGGAGCGGAGGCACUUCUGCACUGAUCUCCGCCCUGAGUGCCCAGCAGGGCUCCCAGCCCCGCCCUCGGGGCCAGUGGCGUGUGAGGGGCUGGGCUCAGCGUGGCGUGAGGGGCUCACCUGGAUCCCAGGCCAUCGCAGAGACCCUGGGCUGCCUGGUGAGGAUCGCCCGUGUCCAUGCAGUGGGCAGGCUGCUCGGGGGAGGCCGCGGCAGAGCGGAACUGUGUUUGUGUCCUGCAGCUGUUGUGGCCGGGGGCUGCCCAGUGAGGAGGGGGCUGCCCGCCAUCCACCUGGCUGGCUCACUGGGCUCGGGCACUUCUGCAGGAAGACAGAGCUGCGUGUCACCCGCAUCUGGAAAGGGAAGAGGCCAGCGUUGUGGGGAGGUGGCUGACCCCUUGGCUGACGCCGUUUGCAGAACUACUGUGUAUCUGUUCACUACCUUUUUUUUUUUUUAAUUUUUUCGCAUGUAUGAAAACAUUUUAAAUUCUUUGUGGGACGUGGUCCAGAUGAAGAGUCAGAGAGCGGGUCCUUGUGUGCGUGUGGUUGGCUCUUUCAGCUGUGCUGGGACCACUGGCUGACCACUUCACCUCUCUGCCUCAGCCUCAGUUUCCCCAUCUGUAAAAUGGGAGAAUAAUACUUGUCUACCUACCUCACAGGGGCGUUGUGAGGAUUCUUUUUUUUUUUGUACAAGCUUUUGAGCAUUAAAAACA